CAAAGUUUUCAUUUUUCAGUGAUAGUGUAAUGCAAGGAACAUCAUGGCAUUUUUUGACUCUGUGAUUUUGGCAUUACUCGUGUUUGUUCUGCUGUGGCUUUUGGGUAGAAAACACUCCAGACAGUUGCAUUUACCCCCAGGACCUACUGGCCUCCCCCUUUUAGGAAACCUGCUUCAACUGGACAGGAGGGCACCGUACAAAUCUGUGGUUAAGCUGAGUCAGAGUUAUGGCCCUGUUAUUAUGGUGAACACUGGACUGCAGCGCGUCGUCUUUCUAGUCGGAUAUGACGCGGUGAAGGAGGCUCUUGUAGAUCACGCAGAUGACUUCAACGGGAGAGGACCACUGCCUUUCUUAAUCAAAAUUACCAGGGGCUAUGGGCUGGUGAUCAGUAAUGGAGAACGUUGGAGGCAGCUGAGGCAGUUCACUCUAAGCACGCUGAGGGACUUUGGGAUGGGGCGCAAAGGAAUGGAGCAGUGGAUCCAAGAGGAGAGCUCACAUCUGGUGGAGCGAAUCAAAACAAUGAAUGGUGAACCUUUUGAUCCCACCUUCUUUCUGAGCUGCUCUGUGUCCAAUGUCAUCUGCUGCCUGGUUUUUGGUGAGCGCUUUUCCUAUGAUGACAAGCACUUCCUCCACCUCCUGCAGAAUAUUUCUCAAAUAAUUACAUCGAUGAGCAGUCCCUGGGCAGCGUUGUACAACAUAUUUCCUCGGUUGAUGGAGUGGUUACCUGGGAAACAUCAAAAAGCAUUUAAAAGUAUUGAAGAGCUCAGAGAGUUUGUAACUGAGAAGGUGAAAGACCAUGAGGACACUCUAGCCCCAAACUCUCCAAGGGACUACAUCGACUGUUUUCUUACAAGAGCUAUAAAGGAAAAGGGUACUUCCACUGAGUUCCACUAUGACAACUUGGUCUCCACUGUGCUGAAUAUGUAUGCUGCAGGAACAGAAAGCACUAGCUCCACUAUAAGAUUUGCUUUGACUCUAUUAAUCAAGUAUCCAGAAAUACAAGAGAGAAUGCAGAAGGAGAUUGACUGUGUGAUUGGACAAGAGCGUUUUCCUUUUAUGGAAGACAGAAAGUCCCUCCCCUUUGUAGAUGCUGUUCUCCAUGAAGUCCAACGCUUUAUUGACUUUGUACCUCUAGGAGCUCCACAUUAUGCUCUUCACAACAUCACCUUUAGGGGCUAUACGAUACCUAAGGGCACAAUGAUUUUCGCAGUUCUGCACUCUGUUCUUAAAGAGGAUAAACAAUGGGCAACUCCUUUUUUAUUCAACCCUCGACACUUUCUAGACCAAAACGACAACUUCAAGAAAAAUCCAGCCUUCCUUCCCUUUUCUGCUGGAAAAAGGGCUUGUGUUGGGGAGUCUCUUGCCCGUAUGGAGAUUUUUUUAUUCCUGGUGAGACUACUGCAGCGUUUUACAUUUAGUUGCCCUGGAGGACCGGACAGUAUUGUACUGACUCCAGAAUUCAGCAGCUUUGCAAAUGUGUAUCGUAGAUACAACAUUAUUGCAACACCAAGGUGUUAGUGGCUACAUGAUUUUGAAAAAAAUCCAGGAGCAUCAACAUUUAAGAGAAGAGUGAAAUAUGAACUGAUAAACUAAUACAAUCUUAUGCAUUUCUGGACAUGUUGUUAGAUGUCUAAAAUACAGGUACAACAGGAUAUUUUGAUCUUUGCAGAAAUGUUACUAUUUAAAUAAUUACAGCCUGCGACAUUUGAUAAUUGUGCUUACUCAGUUUACAAUUUUGACACAUUUUAAAUUAUAUAUACAUACAUACACAGAAGUACACAGCAAGGCCAAAAAUUCAAGUUAAUGCAUCUGAUAUAAAAAUGUAUUCAACAGAUAGCAUAUGUACUGUAGUUUAUGAAACUGUUUACCUUUUUUCUGUACCAUUUUUGGUUCUAAAGUUACAUACGUUUUAAACAGACCAUGUAUGCAACAUGGAACAAAAAUUAUUUCCCAAAUUUCAAAGACCUGCAAAUCAUGUAAAUAAACUGAUGUAUUUCAUUA